AACAUGACGACGUACACAGAUAAAGGUGAAAAGCACGAGCGCGGCAGCUUCCUCUGCUUCGAUCACCUGACCUUCUGGGUCGGAAACGCCAAACAGGCGGCCUCCUAUUACUGCAACAAGCUGGGCUUCCAGCCGCUGGCGUACCGCGGUCUGGAGACGGGCAGCCGCGACGUGGUCUCGCACGCCGUCAGACAGGGCAAGAUCGUCUACGUGUUCUCAUCGGCCCUCAACCCUGGAAACAAAGAGAUGGGAGAUCAUCUGGUGAAACACGGAGACGGCGUGAAGGACGUGGCGUUCACCGUGACAGACUGUGACUUCCUCGUGCAGAAAGCCAGAGAGAGAGGAGCGCUGAUCGUCACGGAGCCGCACACGCUGGAGGAUAAGAGCGGGAAGGUCCGGCUGGCCGUGCUGCAGACGUACGGAGACACCACGCACACGCUGGUGGAGCGCAGCGGCUACAGUGGCCUCUUCCUGCCGGGCUUCCACCCCCCGCUGUUCAAAGACCCGCUGCUGGCCACACUGCCGAGCGGAGAGCUGAACUUCAUCGAUCACGUGGUGGGAAACCAGCCGGAGGACCACAUGGUCCCAGUGGUGGACUGGUAUCAGAGGAACCUUCUGUUCCACCGGUUCUGGUCCGUGGACGACAAGCAGCUGCAGACGGAGUACAGUGCGCUGCGCUCCAUCGUCGUGGCCAACCACGAGGAGACGGUGAAGAUGCCAAUCAACGAGCCGGCCAUGGGGAAGAGGAAGUCUCAGAUACAGGAGUAUGUGGAGUACUACGGAGGUCCAGGUGUGCAGCACAUUGCCAUGAACACAUCAGAUAUCAUCACUGCAAUCCGUAACCUGAAGCAGCGAGGGAUGGAGUUCAUGAGUGUACCGGACACGUACUACGAGCAGCUGAGAGAAAACCUCAAACACUCAAAGGUCCAGAUCUCAGAGGACCUGGAUGUUCUGCAGGCGCUGAACAUCUUGGUGGACUACGAUGACAAUGGGUAUUUACUCCAGAUCUUCACCAAGCCGGUUCAGGAUCGGCCCACCGUGUUUUUGGAAGUGAUUCAGAGACACAAUCACCAGGGCUUUGGUGCAGGAAACUUCAAGUCUCUGUUUGCAGCCAUCGAAGCCGAUCAGAACCUUCGGGGAAAUCUGACGGUCCUGACGCCCAACGGAGACUCAAACAACAUGUGAUCCCAGCGCUCACUUCUCUUUAUACUUAUAGAAAUAUACCAAUAACGUGCUACAGUUACAAAUGCACAAAGCUUGUUUUUUUAUCAAAGUUGUUACUCUUUAAUGUCUCUGUGAGUUGCAUGUUUUAUUACAACAGAGUAGUACCUUAUUAUAAUCUCUCCUGAUGUUUCUGGAAGACUUUGUUACAACUUUACAAUGAUUUUCUUUUUUAUAAAAUGUUAACAAGAAAAAAAGACA